AAAAAAUUAAUUUGCUUCACCAUAAUCGAUCUCUUCUCUGUCAAUCUCCAAAUCGAAGUUUGCAGUACGUUCAGAAUUCUGUAUAUGCAUAUGUGAUUGGUGUGUAUCUACGCAUAUAGAGACAAGAGUCAAGAGAGUGUGAAGAUGAAUCUGGCCAGUUUUUGCUCAGCCAUGGAUGCGGUGGCUUGGAGAGGGUUGAUGUACACUGUUUUCAUACUUAAUUUCGUGUUUGCUUGCCAAUUUCUCCUUCUUCAACCUCUCGUCUAUGCUUUGGAUGGAACACCUGGAAAUGUGGCUGAGUUGUUUGAAAAGGUUUCACAAACUGUGAAGGUGAAGCGUUACAAUGAGGCACUUACUGAUCUCAAUGCAGCUAUAGAGGCGGACCCAACACUUUCAGAAGCAUACUUCCGCCGUGCAUCUAUUUUUCGUCAAUUAUGCAGGCUCUUUUACAAUUAUAUAGAUACGAGGAAUCAGAGAAGGAAUACAAAAAGUUUCUGGAGAUAAAACCUAGAAAUUCAGCUGCGGAAAAGGAGCUUUCUCAACUACUUCAGGCCCAGAGUGCUUUGGAUACAGCUUCAACUCUCUUUGAAUCAGGAGAGUUUGCAAAAGCAUUGGAAUAUGUAGAUAAAGUUGUUCUUGUUUUUUCUCCAGCAUGCUCGAAGGCAAAGCUUCUCAAAGUGAAGCUGUUGUUAGCAACUAAAGACUACUCCAGUGCAAUCUCUGAGACUGGUUACAUUCUCAAGGAAGAUGAGAAUAACUUAGAAGCAUUACUUCUCAGGGGUCGUGCUUACUAUUAUUUAGCAGAUCAUGAUGUUGCUCAAAGGCAUUACCAGAAAGGUCUUCGCCUUGAUCCAGAGCACAGUGAACUGAAGAAAGCAUAUUUUGGAUUGAAGAAUUUACUUAAGAAGAGCAAGAGUGCAGAAGAUAAUGCAAACAAGGGUAAGCUACGUGUUGCAGUUGAGGACUUCAAAGCAGCUAUUGCAUUGGAUCCAGAUCAUGUUGCACAUAAUGUACAUCUUCACCUUGGAUUAUGUAAGGUCUUGGUGAAGCUUGGCAGGGGAAAGGAUGCUUUGAGCAGUUGCACUGAGGCACUUAACAUUGAUGAGGAGCUUAUUGAAGCUCUAGUUCAGAGGGGUGAAGCAAAACUCUUAACAGAGGACUGGGAAGGAGCUGUGGAAGAUUUGAAAUCAGCAGCACAGAGAUCACCUCAGGAUAUGAAUAUCCGGGAAACAUUAAUGAGAGCUGAGAAAGCACUGAAGAUGAGUAAGCGAAAGGACUGGUAUAAGAUUUUGGGAGUUUCCAAGACUGCAUCUAUAUCUGAAAUCAAACGUGCCUACAAGAAGCUUGCUCUGCAAUGGCACCCGGAUAAGAACGUUGAUAAUAGAGAAGAAGCAGAAGCCAAAUUCCGAGAAAUUGCUGCUGCCUAUGAGGUUCUUGGAGAUGAAGACAAGCGAACAAGAUAUGACAGAGGGGAAGAUAUCGAAGACAUGGGCAUGGGAGGUGGUGGCUUCAACCCUUUUGGUGGCGGGGGACAACAAUUUACCUUCCAUUUUGAAGGUGGCUUUCCAGGUGGUGCUGGUGGCUUUGGCGGAUUUGAAGGAGGCUUUCCUGGUGGCUUCGGAGGUUUCCAUUUCUGAUUUUGGUGGUUAUUGGUUGAAAGAAAAACUUACAAAACUGAAGUUUUGUUGAAUACAGAACAAAGAAAAAAAAAAAAGACUGAUGCUGACAAAGUACCGGUGGUUAUAUACAUUAGAUCAUCACAAUAGGUUUUCUGCCCUUCACAAAGUUUUGCUCCAUUUGUAUAAUUUAAUUUUGGAAAUUUUAGCAAUUAACCAAAGGAGAUUGAUGAGGCUUUAGUUUAGUGGGUUUUGUGUUUUUUUUACUUCAUGUAUCCGUAGGUUUACAGGGGACAUAAGCACACGUUAUGUACUUCAUUAACAUACCUAAUUCUUUCUUUUGAAUCAUACAAGCAUGUUUUCUAUUCA